AUCACGACUACCUUCUCCAGGCGAAUCAACUGUGGUCGACGCGGGUAAACGCCAAGCUGUCACCAUUUCUGUCAAAAUUUGUGAUCGCGAGCGGCCAUCAUCAUACCCGAGCGCGUCGCGUAAAGCAAUCAAACCCAGCGCACAGCACCACCAUGGGACGUCGAAAGUCGAAGAGAAAGCCACCGCCGAAGCGUAAGAACAUCGAACCUCUGGAUCAACAGUUCAACUGCCCGUUCUGCAACCACGAAAAGUCCUGCGAAGUGAAGAUGGACAAGAGCCGGAACUCGGCGCGAAUAACCUGCCGGGUGUGUAUGGAGGACUACCAGACGUCGAUCAACUUCCUGUCCGAGCCGGUCGACGUGUACAACGAUUGGGUGGAUGCGUGCGAGAGCGCCAACUAAAUCGGAAUCGGACGGCUCCGGAAGUGGUGUGCCGGAGAGGACGGACCCGGCAUACCUGUAUUAGGAUGUAAAGCGUCGACUAUUUAUAUCACUUAACCCACUAAUGUAGAAACUGAUGGACACAUGCAAAACCGGCUAGAUUUAGUUAACGAUUUCCUUGAUGAAAAGAUUGAUACACUUUCAUUAUAUUAAUUUGUGUGAGACUUUGAGGUUUAUUUUGAAAAUAAAUUAUCAGGAUGUGAAGCACCA